GCACUUUAGCAGAAAACUGUAGUUUCUUCUUUAGUGUAAAGUGAUUUAAAAUGAGACUGAUUAUACUUAUGAAAAAUAGAAAAUGCAACUUUAACAAAGGCCUUUCACAGCUCUUUCACUUCCUGUCAAAAUAAGAUGCAACUUAGUAUUUUGGGUGAGCAGAUUUUUAUUUUUUUGCUACAAAAAUUUUUUAAACUUCACAAAUAUGUGACAUUUUCCUUCAUUGCAACCUUUUAAAAACUCAAAGCAGCACUUUUUUUCUGAGAAAUGUAACAAACACAAACAUAUGCCAGUGAAGAUAUUGCUGCAGGUCAAAGGUGCAUGCACAGACACACUUACAGUAUCAUUUAAUUAAUUUAGCACUUUUUUUUGUUGUGAUCAUAGAAAAAGAGUAACUCGUGCACAGCAGGUGUUUCUGCAUCAGGUGAAGACUAAAUUUAACCACAGGGUAUACUAAAUGUUGCAGGUCCUCACAAGUAAAGGAUUAACAAGUGUGUGUGUGUGUGUGUGUGUGUGUGUGUGUGUGUGUGUGUGUGUGUGUGUGUGUGUGUGUGUGUGUGUGUGUGUGUGUUUGUGUGUGUGGCAGCUGUUUGCCUCCUUCCCUCAUAUGUGCACAGAAUCAACAACAACCCAUCACUGUGGCCUUCCUGUUUUCGAUUCCAAAUCUUUUUAUUUGGUUCUUUUUGUUUCUUUUCUGUCUUUCGUAUGACAAUGAGAAAACUGCUACAACUGAGGCUACAAGUUGUUUUCUUGACUUGGUCCUUUCUCCAGGAUAGUGAUAAAUAAAUAAAUAAAUAUAUAUAUAUAUAUAUACUUUUAUAUUUCAGUGUAAUAAAGAGCCUAUUGUGUACUGAGUGUAUGUAUGUUUGGUUUUUGUGUCGUUUUACUUUAUUAACAUACAUUUGUAACACUAUUUGAAACAUGCUAAGCUAACAAGCUACUAAAAGUGUGAAGUUAUUUUCAAUCAUCAAACUUCUGGAGGAUUCCCGCAAUAGCAGAUCAUACUCUUUCAUUUUGCUGAUGCAAAUCUUUGAAACCUUUUUUUUUUUUAUAAAAAAUAGUUGAUGUUAAACAUCCACACCCAUAAAAAUGUAGUGAAAUGUAGUAUUUAUUUCUACAAUUUAUCACUCUUGGACAAUAAGUGUACAACUAGAGUAAAAUAGCUGUAAGAUAAUUAAAAAUUCCUGUUAUUUUUUUUAGAAUGUUUUUAUAUCACUUUCAGUGAAUGUUUGACUAAAGUGUUCUCUAGCAAAUGAUUGACACAUGUCUCAAAGGGUCGUAACUUUCUAAAUGCCAUUACAGUUAUUUGUAAUACGCAUUUAGCAACAGUCCCAAAGCCAAACAGGAACCAGGGAAAAACAAAACAACUGAUUAAGCAAAGCUAGCAAACUAUUCUAAACUCUGUUUUUACUGGACUUCACCUUAUCUUCAUUUUCCUAGAAAGCUAUUUUAUGGGAUAUUUCGGUCCAAUGCAUCCUGUUUUCAACUUGAUUUCUCAAAGAUAAGUUAAGGAAUGAUGUGCAAAGUGAAAAAUGCUCAGAUUAAUCCUUGGAGGUUCCUUCAAAAAAGCUACACUGGGGGCCCUCGCACAGAAAAAUUCACAAAGGACCUCUAAGGGUUAACCCUUCCAUGCAUGAAUUGAACAAACUGACCCAUGACUUCACUAAGUGUUUAAUUUAUUUUUAGGCAUCAGUUUUUUUCCUUUUUUAAUUUUUGCUUCAAAUUACUUCAACUUAAAGGUGAGGGGCUGCACAGUGGUUAGCGCUGUUGCCUUGAAGCAAAGAGGUCCUGGGUUCACAACCCGGCCUGGGGUCUCUCUGCACGGAGUUUGCGUGUUCUCCCUGUGCAUGCGUGUGUUCUCUCCGAGUACUCUGGAUUCCUCCCACAUUCCAAAAACAUGACUGUCAGGUUGAUUAGUUUCUCUAAAUUGUCCAUAGGCGUGAGUGUGUGUGCAUGAUUGUUUGUCCUGUGCAUCUUUGUGUUGCCCUGUGAUGGACUGGCAAUAUGUCCAGGGUGUACCCCGCCUGUUUGCCCAAAGACAGCUGGAGAUAGGCACCAACCCCCCGUGACCAUGCGUGGAAAAUCGGGUUGAGAAAAUGGAUGCAUGGAACUUAAAAGUGAGCACGCAAAGCAAGAUAUUUCAAACCUUUGUUUGUUUGAAUUUUGAGGAUUAUGGCUAAGAAUGGAUUACUGAAAUAAAUUGAGUUUUCACCUGACCUGUGUAAAAAAAAUAGGAAGGUUUUAAAUACAGAUCCUUGAGGCACCCCACACAGUGAAGGCAGAGAAGCACCACCAUUAUCAGGCAUAAUGAAAAUCUUUUUUAAAGGUAGGAACCAAACCAGGUAAUCAUGACAGGAACUUGGUUCAAAAAUGUGCUUCAGUUAGAUGGCAUCAGGUUUCUAAUCUCAGACCCAACAAACAUAACCGGGUAUCCCACAAAAGGGCUAUUUUACACGUUUUGGCCUGUUAUCCACAGAAAGUGAAGAUAUGACAAAUGAUAAAUGACCCAAACUUGUAUAGCACCUUUCAGAGUCAGAGGACUCCAAAGUGCUUUACAUUACAGUGUAUCACUCAUCACACAUUCACACACUGAUGGUAAUGAGCUACAAUGUAGCUACAGCAGCCCUGGGGCUCACUUAUGGAGGUGAGGCUGCCGAGCACAGGCACCACUUGUCCCUCCAACCACCAACAGCAGGCAAGGUGGAUUACGUGUCUUGCCCAAGGACACAACAGCCAAAGUUCCUGUCAGAGCUGGGAUUGAACCUGCAACCUUCUGAUUACUGGACAAUGGAUGGCAAUAAGAAUGGUUAUUGCUCAUCAGUUAUUUUUUGUGAAAGGAAGUUUUUUUUUGGCAAGGGUGUUAAAGAUUUGGGGAACUAUUGCCACCUACAGGCUUGGCAUGCUCUAUGAAUGUGCAUCACAUGCACUGGAUUUUUUUCACUGAAAAGGAGGUGAUAUGAACCCGAGUUGUAUUUAUUUAUUUAUUUUUUUCGUAAAUGGAGGAUAUUUGGUUUUACAGAAACCUGGCAACAUGUUAUGCAAAACUGUAACAUUUGCAGAUUCAGAUUUCAGAUUUAUUGGCCGAGUAAAAUUACAUUUAGAAGGCAUUUAGCUUUGGUAGAUGUUCGCUCUCUAAAACAUACAACAACUACAAUAAAUGAGAAUAAAAAUACAUAAAAACACAUAAGAACAUGUAUACCCACACGCAUGUUCAUUUACACACACACAUAUAUACAUAUAUGCACACGUACACACACAUAUACAUAUGUAUACACACACACACACUCAUAUCCAUAAGCAUACUGAAUAAGUAUAUAAAAAAUGUAUAAUAAAAGGAUGGUAAAAGAAUCUACAGAUUCAGGGGAUAAAGGGCUAAAGCAAAGCCAUUUGCACAUUGCACAUCUUUAUUUCGUCAGUAAAUUUAACAUUUGAAUUAAUUGGCCCAGAAUUUAAAACAGGCCAAGAGCAGAUCCCUGAGGCACUCCACAGAUCAGAGCUGGCAGAGAUGAAGCAUUAUAAAUCACAAGAUAACUUUUUGGUUUAAAUGAUAAGAAAAUCGGAAAUCCUGACUCUUCUUUGAAAUGAUCAUUAAGAAGAACAGAUGAUAUAAAAUAUGUGUCACUAAAACUGAGGAAUUGUGAUAAUUAUUCAUUAUAAAUAUGUAAAACCAUAUCUUAGAUCCGUGGAUGUUCUGGGUGCUGCUCAAGGGGACCAGAUGGACACCAGUUCUAUAUUUAGACAAACAUUUCAUACUUGGCAGGACCCUGUUGGUCAGUGAUCUCCCAAUUGGAAACUUUAAACCAGAUAAAGAAUAACAUUAGACUUCCCCUUUUCUCCAAACCUCCUCCUUUAUGAUCUGGUCCGAUCCAGUCCUAGGCAAGCGGGCGUCGUGGUGCGAAAUAAAUCUGCAGCUGAUGUGACUAAAUGAGGCGGAGAUGCGGCAGGACAAACUCAGACGCGCUCCUCUCCUGCCACGACAGGUGCUCUGUUUGUGAAGAGGAGGAAGACGAGACGGAGGAGCAGACGGAGUGAAGAGGGCGGAGAGGAGGACAGCCAGCGGAGAAGAAAGGAGGUAAAGAGAGCUCGUUCACUUCCUAGGUUUGCGCCAUGGAAACGGGGCAGAGCGCGCAGGUCGCCGACAUGGUCGGGGAGCACGCAGCCGGUGUGAGCGCGGCGGACCGGGACCGGGAUCGGGGCGAGGUGUCCAGCCCCAGUCCGCUGGCUAAGCAGCGCUCUCUGCGGGUCGUUUAUGUCCUGAACGACGGGCUGAAGUCGGUGAUGGCGAGCAGCCCGGAGUCCGGAGCGCUGCAGUGUCUGCAGAGAGCCUGCGACUCCGAGAGCGCGCUGCUCACCACCGUCACGUUCGGGAGGCUGGACUUCGGAGAGACCACGGUGCUGGACAGCUUCUACGACGCAGACAUCGCGGUCGUGGACAUGAGCGACGUGUUCCGGCAGCCCUCGUUGUUUUACCACCUGGGCGUGAGGGAGAGCUUCGACAUGGCCAACAACGUCAUCCUGUACCACGACACCGACCCAGACACCGCUCAGUCACUGAAGGACAUGGUGGCGCAGAAAAACACAGGAAGUCGGCCGCCAGCGUUAGGCUUUCCCUGGGUUCAGUUGCCUCCUGAAUACCGAGGCUCUGGAAUGAGAAACAAAGCAUCCAGCGGUAACUACUACUUCAUCCCCUACAUCGUGACCCCUAACCAUGAGUAUAUGUGCUGUGAGAGCGAUGCCCAGCGCAGGGCCAGCGAGUACAUGCAACCCAGCUGGGACAACUUGCUGGGACCACUGUGCGUCCCCCUCUUCGACCGCUUUACCAGCCUACUAAAGGACAUCCACGUAACAUCAUGUGCGUCUUUUAAAGACACGCUGCUCAACGACAUCCGGAAGGCCAGAGAGAAGUACCAGGGUGAGGAGCUGGCCAAGGAGUUGGCCCGGAUCAAACUCCGAAUGGACAACACCGAGGUCCUGACCCAGGAUAUCGUCAUGAACCUGCUGUUUUCCUACAGGGACAUACAGGACUAUGAUGCGAUGGUGAAACUGGUGCAAACUCUGGAGACUCUACCAACUUGUGAUCUGGCCACCCAGCCGAUGAUCCAGUUCCACUUUGCAUUUGCACUUAACAGGAGGAACAGUCCCGGGGACCGAGAGCAGGCUCUUAGGGUGAUGCUUCAGGUCCUACAGUCCUGCGAACACCCGGCGCCGGACAUGUUCUGCCUCUGUGGACGGAUCUAUAAGGACAUUUUUCUUGACUCGGACUGCAAGGACACUAUAAACAGAGACAAUGCUAUUCAGUGGUACAGGAAGGGUUUUGAGCUGCAGCCAACGCUGUAUUCUGGCAUCAACCUCGCUGUCCUGCUUAUAGUCGCCGGCCAGCAGUUUGAGAACUCCAUGGAACUCCGGAAAAUUGGUGUGAGGUUGAACAGCUUGCUGGGACGCAAAGGUUCCCUAGAGAAGAUGAACAACUACUGGGAUGUGGGCCAGUUCUUCACCGUCAGCAUGCUAGCUAGCGAUAUUCCCAAAGCAACUCAAGCUGCUGAGAAGCUCUUCAAACUGAAACCACCGCUUUGGUAUUUGCGGUCAGUGGUGCAGAACCUGCAGCUAAUCCAGAGGUUUAAAAAGCAGGCGGUGGAACAUUCCCCUCAACGAGAGAAACUGGACUUCUGGAUGGACAUCAUUGUAGAGGCCACACAAGAAACCACCAAGAGGCUGCGAUUUCCUGUGUUGAUUCUGGAGCCGACCAAGAUCUACCAGCCUUCCUACGUCUCCAUUAACAACGAGGCUGAAGAGAUGAACGUUUCCAUCUGGCACGUCUCCCCAACUGAAACUAAGGGCAUCCACGAGUGGAACUUCACUGCUACAUCCAUUAAAGGAAUCAGUAUCAGUAAGUUUGACGAGCGCUGCUGCUUCCUCUACGUCCACGACAACUCAGACGACUUCCAGAUCUACUUCUCCACUGAGGAGCAGUGUGGUCGGUUCUGCUCCAUGGUGAAAGAGAUGAUAUCUGAUGGAACGGGGAACGCUGUGGAGCUGGAAGGGGAAGGAGAUGGAGACACGCUGGAGUAUGAGUAUGAUAUGGAUGAGAACGCAGACAGGGUGGUGCUGGGCCGGGGCACGUACGGAGUGGUGUAUGCUGGGAGAGACCUGAGCAACCAGGUCCGAAUCGCCAUCAAGGAGAUCCCAGAGAGAGACAGCAGAUACUCUCAACCCCUUCACGAGGAAAUCGCCCUUCACAAGUACCUGAAACACAGGAACAUCGUUCAGUAUCUGGGUUCCAUUUCUGAGGACGGAUACAUCAAGAUCUUCAUGGAACAAGUGCCUGGAGGAAGCCUGUCAGCUUUGCUGAGGUCAAAAUGGGGCCCCUUGAAGGAGGCAACGAUUAUCUUCUACACCAGACAGAUCCUGGAGGGGCUGCGGUACCUGCAUGAGAACCAGAUUGUCCACAGAGACAUUAAGGGUGACAACGUUUUGGUGAACACUUACAGCGGCGUCCUAAAAAUCUCCGACUUUGGAACCUCAAAACGAUUGGCGGGAGUCAAUCCCUGCACAGAAACAUUUACAGGAACGCUGCAGUACAUGGCUCCAGAGAUCAUCGACAAAGGUCCUCGGGGCUACGGGGCCCCAGCUGAUAUCUGGUCUCUGGGAUGCACCAUCAUUGAAAUGGCGACUGGAAAACCCCCUUUUCAUGAGCUCGGGGAGCCGCAGGCAGCCAUGUUUAAGGUGGGCAUGUUUAAAAUCCACCCAGAGAUCCCCGAAUCUUUAUCACUAGACGCCAAGUCCUUCAUCCUGCGCUGCUUCGAGCCUGAUCCUCACAAAAGAGCCAUCGCUGCCGACCUGCUCAGGGACAUCUUCCUCAGGCACAACGUCAAGGGCAAGAAGAGCAAGAUUGCCUUCAAACCAACAGACUACAUCCAGAACGUGUCCAUGUCAGUGCAGCUGCAGGGCGAAGCCGCCGGUAGCAGCAGCAGCGAACACGGCUCUGUGAGUCCGGACUGUGACUCCAGACAUGAUGUUUUCUUCCAGAGGAAAAGACACUCAGGCUCAGAGAACCUGCUCAAACCCUCCAGCUCCAACUACCUGAGUGUCCCAGAUGACAGUACGGUUUCAGAAGACCGCAGUGCCCCUCCCUCACCUGAAGACAGGGACAGCGGUCUGUUCCUGCUGAAGAAAGACAGCGAGAGACGGGCCAUUCUGUUCAAAGUUCUCAAUGACGACCAGGAGAAGGUCAUCUCCAACCUGAGGGAGAACCACAUGCAGGGCAGUGAGGAGCUCCAGCUCUCCAUUGAACACAUUAAGCAGAUCAUCUGCAUCCUUCGAGACUUCAUCCAUUCCCCAGAGCGGCGCGUCAUGGCGGCCACCAUCUCCAAACUCAAACUGGACCUGGACUUUGACUCCAACUCCAUCAACCAGAUCCAGCUGGUUCUGUUUGGCUUCCAGGACUCGGUGAACAAGGUGCUGAGGAAUCAUCACAUAAAACCCCACUGGAUGUUUGCCAUGGAUAACAUCAUCCGGCGGGCUGUGCAGGCUGCCAUCACCAUCCUUAUUCCAGAGCUUCAGACCCACUUUGGACCAGCAUCAGAGUGUGAAGGUGCAGAGAAAGACGAUGAGGUGGAUGAGGAAGAAGCAGAGUUUGGCCCUGUUCUUGCUUCGAACUCCGACGACCCAGUUACGACAACUGACCACGCCCCCACAACUGUCAGCACAGUAAACUCCACCCGCUCCCAAGAGCAUCAACGACCACACCAUUUCCUGGGUGCACAGCUGGGGCGGCUCAAACAGGAGACCAACAGGUUGCUGGAGGAGCUGUUGCAAAAGGAGAAGGAGUACCAGCAGGUCCUGAAGACCACGCUGCAGCAGAGGACCCAUGACCUAGAGCUGGUCAGACUCAGACACAGACCACCAGACGUUUCACCUCCAUCUAUUCUUCACAUCUCCGCGGACAAUGAACCAGACAAGCUCCUCGCUGAUUGGCUGAAAGAGCAGGGGGCGGACCCAGACACUAUAGACAAGUUUGCAACAGAAGAAUACACCCUGACUGACGUUCUGAGCGACGUUAGCAAAGACGACCUUCGCGCCCUACGUUUACGAGGCGGACUCCUUUGCCGAAUUUGGCGAGCCAUUCAGCGGCACAGAGAGCGAGAAAGGGCCACAAACACCCCAAACUAGAGGCAUAACUACAACCUUAUAUCUAAAAUUCGCAAGAAAUACGCACACGUUGAUACAUUACCAGUCCUGCAUGGCCAUUUCCCCUUUCUCUGCUUGUCUGUUAUAUGUCUGCCUUCUACGCAGGAUUGACUGAAUCCCUACAGAAUCCUUAAUGAUCAGACCAAAGUUGUUAAGUGCAGGCACUACUGGUUGUAUCUUUAUUUAUGUGUCUCUGUGUGUCAGGGUACGUUUGUGAGUUAUUUUCUACAAUUGUGAAAAAGCUGGUCCAUAUUUUUUUAUCAGUGCUCAGCAGAAAUGAGACUGGGUUUGGGUCAUAAGAGAAUUUGAUCAUGUUACUGAAUAAACCAACACUAUGUCACUUUUAGCCCAAUCAGCCCAUCAAUGUCCUCCUGGAAAAUCAGAAUGUGAUGCUAUGAGUGCAGGUCGUGAGUCACCUUAAGCCUUAAAUGAAAUAACACGUUAAUGUGCACAUACACAAGACUGCUGAUCACUACUUUUAUGUUUGUAUGCUUGUUAUUUAUUAUUAAUACUUUCUUCUGUGUUUGUUUUUAUAUUUUUAUUCCAACUAUUAUGCAUUGUUAUUAAUGUGCUUUGCAAAUGUAAUAAAAUCAGAAAUGCUCA